AUGGCUCCUGGAAACACUUCACCGAAGAAAGAGCGCCUCACACUUGCGCAAUUAACGUCUUAUGACGACAUCUUGACAGAUGCCCUGGUAGAUCAUGUCUAUUACUGGACGAAUAUUCGGAAGAACAGAAACGCAUAUCAUUCAUCCCGAGGAAUCAAGGAGGAUGAGGUUACUUCGAUUCUCCAGAAGCGAGUUAUUAUCGAGAAGGACCCGGCGAAGGCAGAGCUUGAAUUGCUUGCCCUAACUGGUCUCAAGAAGUUCUGCGACGCCCUGAAAACCGAGAAGGAGAAAGAUGACUUCCGGAAGCACCUGAGAAAAUACAUAAAUAUGUACCUACCCGAUUGUCCUUUCGAAGUUGCAAGUACGAAUCGAUACACGGUUGUUACUCAAGAGGCGUCAGUCACAGCACGGCAAUUCAUAAAGAAGGGGCAGGUCGUCAAAUACUUGUGCGGGAUCCAAGUGAUUAUGACUGAGGAAGAGGAAGAAAUGAUCAAAUCAAGCCGACGAGAUUUCAGCAUUGUCGUGUCGAGUCGCAACAAGUCAGCCUCCUUGUUCCUGGGACCAGCCAGGUUUGCAAAUCAUGAUUGUGGCGCCAACGCUCGACUUAUGACGAGUGGAAGUGCGGGGAUGGAAAUUCUUGCUGUAAGAGACAUCGAAAUUGGGGAUGAAAUUACAGUUUCAUACGGGGAGAAUUAUUUCGGCGAUGACAACUGCGAAUGUCUCUGUGAAACCUGCGAAGACAACUGCGAGAAUGGCUGGUCUGCCGGAGCAGAUGGCGAAACUAAAACGAUUCCCAAGAAGUCGAUCGAAGAGGAGACCUCGAGUUCUUACUCAUUCAGAAAUAGGCGACGACUAGGCUCUUCCGUCUCUUCUCGGAAUCAGUCCGAGACCCCAGAAGUCAAUAUUCGGCCACACGUUCCCAAGAGAACCCCGCGGUCACUCUCCCAGUUCAAGAAUCAGGAAUCUUCACCCCUUGGCAAAUCGCCCUCUCGAGAGCCGAGUGAAAGCGCCGGGACUGAAACUCCACGGAAGAGAAAGAGAGAGCUUGAUAAUCUGCUCACUCCAUCACGACAAUCCAAGAAAGCCCGUCCGAGUCCUCUUGUCAAAAUGGAGUCCAACCCAUGCUUCUCACCGCCCAUGAGCUCGAAUCAAUCCCCAUCCAGCUCAGUUCAAGGAUCUCGGCUCACCAGCCUUUCACCAUCAGGUACAGAUGGCCAAAACAGCACCGAUGCUACCUCUGUCGAUGAAGAUACCAUUAUUGUCCAACCCCGAAUCGUCAGUCCCACGGUAUCGAGAUUGAGACGAUCCCGUGCCACGAAGCAAUCACCGCUGGAGCAGGCCAAGUCAGGGGAGCCAAUCCUAGUCGGGAAAUCUACAGAAUCAUCGCAUCCAGUUAUCCAAGACGAUUCAGACUCGCUUCUGUCCGAGCUUAACAGCGAAAUGUUCGACUUUGACGACCAACCCACACCCUCAAAACCCAAGGAGAUCAAGAAAGAAGUCGAAGAGGAAGACGCCAUCAACACUACGCCGAAAGCCAACACUACUCUGAAGAAGAAAAAGAGCAAGGGAACGUUCCAACCAAAGACAGACUCUGACCACGCUCCACCUGUUCGAAAGCCAGGGGACUAUGUUCUCACGCAUCGUCUUCUGGCUGAGCCAACAUCGGCGUGGAUCAACUGCAAGAUUUGUGAGGAACCAUUUGUCCAACAAAACGCGUAUUUCACUCGCUCAUCGUGUCCGCGAUGCGAGCGACAUAGUAAACUGUAUGGAUACAUGUGGCCUAAGACGGACAAGGAAGGGAAGGACGACAAGGAGGAAAGAGUCCUUGAUCACCGGACCAUCCACCGUUUUGUCCGACCAUCCGAAGAGCGGACCAUCCGCAAGAGAAAUCGCAGUGAGACCGAAAGCCGUGCUGUGACCAGAGAGAUUAGCGAGCUUGUUGUCGAGGAAGUGGUAGAGAAGGGGCGGAAGAGAGCGAAGAGGAGCCGUAUUACGAUGUGA